AAUGUUGCCUCUGUACAACUUGGUCUUGUCUCCGUAAAAAAUCUUUGAUUGGUGUUCAAGUGCAUGGAUCGUGCAGCAAUUGAGAGAGAGAUUUGUUGUCCCUGAGACCCUAACCAAGUAAAUUGUAGUGAUUGUCAGGAACGCGUGUACGAAACAAAGGAGAAGACACUGCUCAACAGAUAUAUAGACCUCUUUCUGGAUGUCCCUUCAUGAAAGAUUGAGAACACUUUCAUGUUGCAUAAUUUUUAGGCCACUGGGCGAAAGAGAAGAGUCAGACGAAGGCAGAAGUGGCAACCUCGUGGGGAGAAACGACGGACGUUCUAAGAAAAUCAUUUCUUUGUAGAUAUAGACGUGAUGUCAUCACUCUAGUGAUCAUCGAUCACUUCUUCCAACUACGUUGUUAGUGUCAAGAUCUGAUGUAGUUCUCAAUGGAGUUUAAACUUUCCUAUGAAAUGAAGACUUUUUCGGAUAUCCUCCGGCUCUUUUUACCUUAGUUGGAAGGGUAGACUCAUUUACCACGUUUUCUCUUUCCUGACAACAACUUUUUUUACUCUCUUGCGUUCGCAUGUUUUGAUUUCAAGUACCCGCAUACUUUUCCGAUCGCUAACUCUAAUUUUAAUUUCUCGUGAUUGUUUGAUCUAUUUCUAUCUAUAUGUUAAAGUUUGAAUUUGACUCCUGCUUCCGCCUGUGUUGAUCCAUUGUAUCGUUCUACUGGGUAAAUACGAACCUUUUCCUCAUCGAUUUGAUAUCAGAUUUCCACCAUGCAAAGAUGGGUUCACGAGGCUUCUUCAACUCCCCAAGCUUCUUUGGAAGCAGGGUUCCGCCAGGGACUAGCAGUAGCAAUGGAGUGCGGACUUCGUCGUCUGGUGCUCCGACUUCACGUGCGGGGGACGACCCUGACGAUGAGCUCGGAAAGGAAGAGCAGGAGCGCAGGGAUCAGGCCUUAGCUGAGCGACUGCAACAGGAACAACAAGAUGAGGAGCUAGCAUUGAGAAUGCAGCGAGAGCAACAAGAGGAUACGCUUUUUCAUUAAGGGUUAGUUUCCACAUUACAUGCUCCACUCACAUCCUGGGCCUUUUACUUUGAAGAGGAAGAUAGUCUAUCUCGUGAUGUGUUGAGGAAUGUAAUGCUAAUGCUACAGCCUUUAACUCCAAGAAGCGCAUGGAGUUCGAGAUGGACCAGGGAUAUCCUCGUUCGGGCCGCAUCAGACAGCCAGCUCAAUGAUGCGGCCCAAUCAAGGGAUGAUGACACCUCAGUUAAGAACACCACAGUUAAGAACACCUCAUUUAAGAACACCUCAUUUAAGAACACCUCAGUUAAGGCUAGAAGUUUUUCAUUAGAAAUAUCGUUACAUGGGGUCCAGAGGCUUUUCAUGGGUGUUAGAAGCGGUUAAUCUCCCUCGUCUUUUUUGUCUCCACUGAGUAGGGAUAUCUUCGUAACUGAGGAGAAAGUGCUUGGUAGCCAAUAUUCUGCACACGAAGAUGCCUUUUCUUGGGAGAGUUCUAGAACUAGAAACCGCACUGCCUCCAAAUCUAAUACUAUCGGGACCAACAUUGAACGCAGAGACGCCAAGUAGUGCGCACGGUGCCCGAACGCAGAACGUUUAUAAUCCCUACGGUGGGACGAGUAUGGAGGAGGCUACUUCUUCUAGAGGAACAGCUGCGAGUCGAGGACCUAGUGCCAUGACGACUGGUAAUCAACACCAGCAUACUUCACCAUCUAUUCAAGGGGGAGCUCGAGGAGGUACUUCUUCAAGUAGCGCGACAAGAAGAGCAGCUUCUGGGUCUAGCACGGCUAGAGGGACAUCUUCAGACGACAUGGUUUAUGUGGCAUGCGAAUUCCAUACUGCGAACAUGACUGUAGAGAUGAUGGUCGAUACCGGUGCGCAAUCCAGCGUAAUCUCCAGACCCCUGAUGGAACAACUGAAAUUGGAGGGUCUAUUGAACAGGAGGAAACAGUUAAGGAAGACAUGACUAUACGGAUGUUCACAUACUUUUUUGGAAUGGAAAACGCAAGAAGUUGUUGAUCGUACUCGUAUUUUGUAUUUUGACAACUAAUGGUUAGUAGAUUUCGCUCUCUAAGUAACGGCGUAGCAGCUGGUGUGGGCACAGCGAAGAUAAUGGGUCACCUGGAGCGCGUGCCAGUCACAUUGGGGCACGUGGAGUUCACCUUGGACUUCGCUGUUUUGGAUGUGGCAGAGUCCUUGCUCAUGCUAGGUAUUGACCAGAUGCGCCGGUUCAAAUGCAUCGUGGAUUUAGAGCGCGACGUCUUGGUAUUUGGCGGACGAGAUGGGGUGGAGGUGCCGUUUCUCAUGGGGCAACCAAAGCCAACUGCGCGACUGGUGUUUGCACGCGGGGCCAGUGGGUCGGAGAAUCCUGGCGCAUGUGAACAGAUGUGAGCAGGGGUUGGCACUGUUGGCUAUGCAGAGACCUUCCCCUUCUCUCUGGAACAUACAUAUAACGCAACAGCCUUUGAUUAGGUUGCAUAGACACGCACGCACACUUGUCAUACUAUGGUUGUACGCUCAAGAAGACGAAACUCGUAAAGAAUGUUCAAGACGAAGAGGAAGUAUCAAGCUGUCUAAAGCCACCUAAGAAGUAUCGGUCUUCACAUAUAUGCGAAAUCGGUACUAGAGUGACAUCUACUAAACUGAUUUGACGCGGCUUGGACAUCUUCAUCAUCUUCAGCAGACGAUAUACAUUGCAAGAGUGAGUUAGAGCGUGAAAACAUCAUAAGUAAAGGUAUAUGAAGAUAGCUGCUGGUUACAUUACAGUAAUCCCCUUUGCCCCGAACUGAUCCUAUUCAUUGCUCGAUGUUUUGAGAGUCACUUUGUAGCCCCCACCUGUGUUGUUGUUCCCGACAGUUUUCACCUGAUCUUGCCCACGCAUUCUUUCUUCCAUCUUCUCGUAGUUUGUCAAUCUACCGCCGACACUCUCUUCACUAUGGUCAACCACCAGGCUCUUCCUGUGGCUAAAGUGCUCUCUCUAGCAAUAGACAUUGCUGGCGAAAUCGCCUAUUCAACGCAGGGAUUCGAAGACUCCAC